AUGGUCCAUUACAAAUUUUCCAAAUCUUUGUGGCGUGUCCUUCCGCACCGCAAGAUUUCAAUACUUGAAGACUUCCUGCAGCCGCGCGUAGGGCUAGGAAUAAUAGACAAUGUGCUUUGGAGUUACAACCGGGCGUUCGAUCUGAGCUUUCCCGCAAAGUUAGUCCGCAGCUUUCUUUCCAGCAGCGAUCUUCUCGCAUUGCGCGUUACCAGCAAGGCGCUCAAGGCUUGGGUAGAGGGCAGCAUCAAUGUAUUCUACUCAAAGGCUUUUCGCACCUUAUACAUCGACGGGCAUUACGGCAUGAGCGGGCAGCAAUACCGACCUCUUUCUCCUCUCACCAACAUCGCUACCUACUGCCGCCACUUGGUGAUUCGCCUAGCAGACGCCCUGCCAACCCUCCAUUCUCCACACCAGGAAUCCACAGCAACACCACCCGUAACCAUCCUCCAAGAUCGCUGGACCCGUCUCUUCAAACAGCUCCCCCACCUAACACACCUCACGAUCUCCUCCCCCGGCAGCGCAACCUGGCCAGUCCUCAGCCUCCUCGAAGCACAGCUCCUCGCGCUACGUCUCGCGCUCGAGUCCUCCACGCUCACUCAUCUCCGCAGCCUACGUCUACACCCCAUCCACCCCAUUGGGCUCACUCUCCUUCGCUGGCAAAACGGCGCAGCAUACAUAUCCGCGCCGUGGACGGCGGUGCCCUUCUGGCGCAGUCUGCAAACGCUCGACAUACGGCUGCUAAACCCGCUCCCGGGCGGCGUGAACGCGAUGACGAAGCGCGACUUCCUCAAGUCGCUGCAGGGCUACCUGGCUGCGUUUCGACAUACGCUGCGGGUGCUGCGGUUUGCGUGGGUGGGGGCGCCGGGGCCGAAUCCGCUGCUGCUGGACGCGCUGUAUGGCGGGAGAAAUUUCUCGGCGCCGGCGAUUGUGUGGGAGAGCCUCUUAGAGUUGGUGCUGGAGAAUGUGAGGGUGAGGGUGAGGGAUUGGGAAGAGGUUGAGCGGAGGACUGGGGCUGUGGGAUUUGUCAUGAGGGGUGAGAGUGAGUGAGUGCGUGGUGUGGGGUGGGUGUUGUGGGAGUGGGCGUUGGCGGAGUGGGC